AGGACAUCGAGACGUGGGCUGUCAGCCCGCGCGGAGCGGGAUGGCUCUUCGGAGCCAGAGUCACCACCGAGGUGCCUUCCUCUUCCCGCAUCUCCUCUCCCCGCAUCUCCUCUUCCCGCAUCUCCUCUCCCCGCAUCUCCUCUCCCCGCAUCUCCUCUUCCCACAUCUCCUCUCCCCGCAUCUCCUCUUCCCGCAUCUCCUCUCCCCGCAUCUCCUCUCCCCGCAUCUCCUCUUCCCUCGCAUCCCCGGCACUUCAACACGUCUUCUCUCAUCUUUCCCCCUCUGUUGUUGCUGCCAUCAUUGUUUUCCCCUCUCUCGUCGUGCUGCCCUCUCUGCCUUCGUACCGAUUCUGCCUGUACUACCCUCCGUGGCUGUGCUGCGCGGCCACAGUUCAAUCAGAUCAACGGGUUGGAGCUGGUGUGUAG